UGGGUCGUAUUUGAGGAUAGUGACAAACGACCUUUACGGUCGUAUGAGUUGGAGGACUUGUUGGUUUUUAGGGAAUAUUUGCAUGCUCACAUGCGAUUGGAUUAGUUACUCAUAUGCUGGACUGUCAUGAUUUGGCUAGAGCAGGACACUACUGAAUGAUGCGCAUCAGAGAGGGGAUUUAGACUGAUAAAGAAGUGCCACUACACCACUGGCUGUAGCCUAGGGGUCUCUGGGGAGUAAAUGAGUUAUUUCGCCACUUGGUCAAUACGCUUGAGUGACUUAAACCUUAUGAUUGUUUCCUUGUGACUCACGGUACGAAACCUUACUCCACGGGGUGAAACGAAACUAAUGUGAUAUUCAGGAAAUGAAACCUACCAACGUACAUAACCGUUCUAGUUUUCACUUUACCGGUUAAUUCAGAAUCGCAUCGAGGAGAGCACAGCGUCUGAUGCCUGGACGUGUUGUGCAAAGAAGGAUUUCUCUGUUAUUUUGACAUUUCGACAUUUUUUAAGGAUGGAGAAGGUAAGUUACACGUUCAGUCAGCAAUAUGAGGAAAAAAUCCGUCCGUGCAUCGACACUAUCGACAAUUUACGGUCUCUGGGAGUCGAGAAGGACCUGGCGCUGCCUGCCAUCGCUGUCAUUGGAGACCAAAGCUCAGGAAAGAGUUCAGUUCUGGAGGCGCUGUCCGGAGUAGCGUUACCAAGGGGUAGUGGAAUUGUUACAAGAUGUCCUCUUGAGCUCAAGAUGAUAAGAAUUAAGGAUGAAGAUAAAUGGCAUGGGAGAAUCAGCUACCAGGACAAAGAGGAAGAUAUUUAUGACCCAGCAGAAGUGGAGAAAAAAAUUCGUGAAGCCCAGGAUGAGAUGGCUGGAGUAGGUGUUGGUAUUAGUGAUGAACUCAUCAGUCUGCAGAUCACCUCUGCCAAUGUUCCUGACCUCACUCUCAUUGACCUCCCUGGUAUCGCACGAGUGGCAGUCAAGGGGCAACCUGAGAAUAUUGGAGAUCAGAUUAAGAGACUGAUCAGGAAGUUCAUUACAAAGCAAGAAACAAUCAACCUGGUUGUGGUGCCAUGCAAUGUUGACAUCGCAACCACAGAAGCAUUACAGAUGGCUCAGGGGGAGGACCCUGAGGGAGAAAGAACAUUAGGCAUCUUGACAAAGCCGGAUCUGGUGGACAAGGGCACUGAAGGGACAGUCGUAGACAUUGUGCACAAUGAGGUCAUUCACCUUACUAAAGGCUACAUGAUUGUGAGGUGCAGGGGACAAAAAGAGAUUAUAGAUCAUGUCACUCUAAAUGAGGCCACAGAAACAGAAAAUGCCUUCUUCAAAGACCAUUCUCAUUUCAGCAAACUCUAUGAAGAAGGCUUCGCUACUAUUCCCAAGUUGGCUGAGAAAUUAACAAUUGAGCUGGUUCAUCACAUUCAGAAAUCUCUGCCUCGUUUAGAAGAACAAAUCGAGGCAAAGCUUGCUGAGACACAGAAGGAACUGGAGGCAUAUGGCAAUGGACCCCCAACUGAUCUUGGAGAGAGACUGAGCUUUCUCGUUGAUAAAGUUACAGCUUUCACACGUGAUACCCUCAACCUGACCGUUGGGGAAGAGGUUAAAUGUGCACCAGAUAUACUGAUUUUCCCAGAACUUCGUCAGGAAUUUGCAAAAUGGAAUAGCUUCUUGGAUAAUUCAGGAUAUCUCUUCAACAAAAAGAUUGAGAAAGAAGUUGACAACUACGAAACCAAGUAUCGAGGAAGAGAGCUUCCAGGAUUCAUCAAUUACAAGACCUUCGAGGGACUUGUUAAGGAUCAGAUUAAACUGUUGGAAGAACCUGCCUUAAAGACGCUGAAGACCACCUCUGAUGUGAUUAGAAGGAAGUUCAUCCAGCUGGCACAGAGCAGCUUCGUUGGAUUCCCUAAUCUUCUGAAAAUAGCGAAGACUAAAAUCGAAGCCAUCAAGCAGGAUAAAGAAUCCCAGGCAGAAUCCAUGCUGAGGACCCAAUUCAAGAUGGAGCUCAUUGUUUACAGUCAAGAUGGCACAUACAGCCAGAGUCUGCAACAUGCAAAGAAUAAUCUGGACGAGGACGAAGAAACUAAAAGAUUUAACUCCAUGAGCAUAGGCAUAAUCACAGACGAUCGUGCCACCUUGCGAGAGAUGAGGUUGCACCUUGAGUCCUACUACAAGAUUGCAAGCAAGCGUCUAGCUGACCAGAUCCCAAUGGUGAUCCGCUAUCUGCUGCUCCAGGAAACAGCUUUGGAGCUCCAAAGGAACAUGUUGCUGUUGCUGCAAAAUAAAGAUGUAGACAACCUGCUUAAAGAAGACUUUGACAUUGGCCAAAAGCGAGAGAGCUUACUGAGUCGCCAGAAACGUCUGAUGAAAGCACGCAGCCUCUUGGUUACCUAUUAAAAAUCAGUUCAGUUUAUUACAAAAGUUUUAAUGCAAAAAGGGAAAGAAAAGAAAAUCAUAAGAAAAAGAAAUAAAUCAUAUGCCCAUGAGGUGAUAGCUUGAAAUAUUUAUUAUGGAGCACAAAUAGGCUGUUUUUUUUUUCUGUUAUGAAAAACAUGGGAUGUGUUUCUCAACUGAAUGUCUUAAUAAAGAAUAUUAUAACUGUU